GGGGUUGGCGUCUCUAGCUCCAUCGAUUAGGUUCGGUUGCCCAGCCUUGGAAGCCCAGACCGGUGUGGAGGAACGGUUGAACAUGCGCAUCUCGAGCGGCUUCUUCGCCGCCGUGUCGGUCCUGACCGCAUGGCUGGCAGCCCCAGUCCUCAGCUCCCCGGCGGUCAGCUACGAAAACUCGCUCAUCGAGCAGCGCGCAGACCCGCACAUCAUCAAGCACACCGACGGGUGGUAUUACUUCACCGCGACAGUCCCAGCAUUCGACCGCAUUAUCCUGCGGCGGGCCCAGACGAUUCAAGCGCUACAGGAUGCCGCCGAGACGACCAUCUGGCGGCGUAAGUCGUCGGGGGUGGGCAGCGGGCAGGUAUGGGCGCCGGAACUGCACUUUAUCGACGGCAAAUGGUACAUCUACGUGGCGUUGGGGGUGGCCAACCAGUGGCGCAUCCGGGCAUUCGUGCUCGAGGGCACGGGCAACAACCCCCUCACGGCGAGCUGGACAGAAAAAGGCCUCAUCAAGACCAACUGGGACACCUUCUCCCUAGACGCGUCCACCUUUGUGGCCAACGGCACGCGGUACCUAAUCUGGGCGCAGCAGGAGCCAUCGCGGCCUGACGAGAACUCGAGCAUCAUGAUCGCGCCGCUCCAGAACCCAUGGACGAUCCGCGGCACUGCGGUUGCCAUCUCCCGGCCGACACUGUCGUGGGAGCGGGUCGGGUACAAGGUCAACGAGGGCCCGUACGUGAUCCAGCGCAACGGCAAGAUCUUCUUGACGUACUCGGCCAGCGCGACCGACUGGAACUACUGCAUGGGCCUGCUGACGGCGACGGCGGGGUCGGACCUGAUGGACCCGGCGUCGUGGAGCAAGACGCGGUACCCCGUCUUCGCCAGCGACGCCAAAACCAACCAGUGGGGACCGGGUCACAACUCGUUCACCGUGUCCGAGGACGGGCUGAGCGACAUCAUGGUGUACCACGACCGUGGGUACCGCGACAUCAACGGCGACCCGCUGAACGACCCGAACCGGCGGACACGGGUGCAGAAGUUGUACUGGAAGGAGGAUGGGACGCCGGACUUUGGAAUGCCCGUGCCGGAAGGGAAGACGCCGGUCAGGCUGCGGGCGGAGUCGGGGGCAUAUGUGUGGUAUUACACGGGGACUGGGAGUCCGAUAUACCCGCCAGGGUUGGCUAAUACGCUAUUCCGGUUCGUGAAUCCCGGGCUGGCGGGCGGAAGCACGGUCAGCCUGGAAUCCGCGAGUAACCCCGGCGUGUUCAUGCGUCGGGUAGACGGUGGAGGGGUGCAGUUCGACGAGAGUAGUGAGUUAAACUCGGCUGCGUCGAAGGCAUCGGCGAGCUUCAACCUCGUUUCGGGGAUUGAGGAUAGCCAGGUUGUCCAGUUGGAAGCAUCGGAUCUCCCAAACCAGUUUGUUGGGUUGGAAGAUGACGGGACGCUUGUGAUGGUGUCUACGGAAAACACCAAAGCGAACACGACCUUUUCCACAAAUAUGGAGCGUAAUUGCUAGAUGCCUUAUUCAACCCCACCCUUCCCUCGACCUCACUCGGCUCCGGGCAGCUCCGGGUCCCGGUACUCGGGGUGCAAGUCUCCGGUUUGAUCUUGAACUUUAACGGAAGGCGAAAGGCGGAAGAGAGCGGCUUUGACGGUCUGCGUCGGGUUGGAAGGAAGG